AUGCGGACCAACAGCACGUCGUCGUUCGCAUCUUCCACUGCGCUGGACGAAGUUGCUACGGCGUCGUCGUCAACUACACAAACUGAAAAUCCGGAUUAUGUGAAGACGUUACGUCAAUACGGUCGAUAUUUCUCCACACGCCUCGUUCAGGUUGUGGUGCAAUCGCGAACUAAUGAAAAGUUCGAUCUGGAAUGUACUUUGCCCUCGAGCAGCCCAGAUUGGUUCAACCUCCGAAUAGAUGAACUUGGUGAGGUAUCGGCGCAAGUUAAGAGGAGCAUCAGCAGUUUCCCACCCGUGGCCAAAGCUAUAUCAAUUGAUUUUAUGUUGUAUACGUGUGAUGGCGAAGUUUUACCAAUGGAGUCUUGGACGUUUUCUGUUGACGAAGAAGAUCAGUUGAUGGCAUGGGCAAAUGAUAUCAAGUCACAAUUAUAUCUACAGAUGAGCGUUAUGCUACGAAGCGCAAUGGUAGCAGCAAGAAUGACACCGUUGCAUAGGUACUACGUAAAAAAGCAAAGCUGUGAUACGUUCGUUAUACUUUAUAAGCUGGGAGAAGGCGCAUCUGAGCUGGAUCUCGGAUCAGAAGCAAAACGAAUUGAUCUCGGCCGAUUUCCUACACCUGUUGGAGCUUUCACACUUGAAGUUGCUUAUCGAACACAAAUGGCCAAGGAGAGGGUGUUGUCACCACCUGAAGGACACGAAUCUCCUAAUCAGAUGAGUAGUGUGGUAUUGGCAACUACACCGGAAAGUGGAGCACCAGUGGGUUCACCGACUCCAUCAUCCUACUGUGAGCUUAUGAGCGAAUUUAGCACUAGCCCGGCAAGUUUGGCAGCGGCGUCGCCACCAGAUCCAUCCAACGCAAAUCUGAAGACUGCAAGGUCUCGUUCCACAUCGGUUGCAAGUGAGGGCGAGCCUGUAGCGUCUACUAGUCCGAAGACGAAACCGAAUAUAACUGUUGCGAAGAAUAUGCCAUUUGCAAAUCUUCUGACGGUAUCGUAUACUGGUGUAUUGUUCCCAUUACCCGAAGAAAUUAUGGGAAGGAAGAAAAGUCAUUCGGAAUCUGCGAUUUUGGAAGGAAACGGCAAUACUGAGGUUCCACUUCGAGCUGAUUCUUUUGCAAAUUUGAUGUGCGCCGCUGUUCCUGGUUCGGCUAAUGAGGAGCACAAGGAAACUAAGCAGUCCACUGAGGAAAAUGUGAAAGUCGAAACUGAAGUAGCUAAAGGCGAAGAGGAGAUGAAAGCGGACGAUGCUGAGAAACCCGCUGUGAAAGUCAGUUUUGAUUUGGAAUGCAGUGAGAGGACUCUUGUCGACCCAGAUAGUGACAGCCAGACUGAAUCACGGAAAGAUGACGUCGGAGAUCCAGAAGAAUCCGUGGCCACUUUGAAACGUUCUACAGCGGAUGCCGAAGAAGUAGUCGCCACAUCGGACGACGACUCGUUUGUGAAGAUCCCAUUGUUUGGUCGAACGUCAGCUGGAGAAGCAGCGCAAGAGGGAGAAUUGGACACUCAUUUGACUGAGUUUGUAACUUCAUGUAAAGCACCACCGCCUCUAAUUGCUGUACCACAAGAAUGGGACACUUUAAGUGAUAUUCAAAGUCUGCUCGAAGAUUUCUCUCAAAAACAAGGCCUGUUUGACAAAUUUGUCGCAGAAGUUCGCGAACAUGGUGAUGACAACGAUUGAUAACCCGUACCUUUCUAGCCUACUACUAUGUCCCGGUAAAUAUCCAUGUGCGACUAUCCGUAAUUCAUUUGGUCGUUCAUUUUUCUUAGAACAGCUCAGUACGGUGCUACAACAGUAUAUGAGUAGUCUUCUCCUAUCACCCGGUAGAUUCAAUCCCUUGUUGUGACUGGUUCUGAGGCGCGUUAAGUAAUACAACAAUUUUUUCAAAUUUUUCUUAUAUUAAAUCGAAAAAUUUACAUCCGCAUCGCUUACAUGCA